AUGACCGAAGAUGCAACCUCACAAAGCUAUAAUAUUCGACCUAAUUACAAACAAAAGUUUCGUCCUGCUGUAGUGAGUAAGGAAAUUCACCAGAUAUUGGCCGAUAGAUUAACUGGAGUAGCGUACCAUCCAGACACUUGUUCGCAAUGGACACGAGAGAUUGCUGACGAAAUCAAAAACAAACUCAAAGAACUCGAUUUGCCUCGAUACAAAUAUGUAGUGCAUGUAACCAUGGGUGAAAUGCGUGGCGAAGGUGUAAGAAUGGGAGCACGAUGUUUCUGGGAUGCAGACACGGAUAAUAUUGCUCAAGAUUCCUUUAUAAAUGCAAGUGUGAAUACCACCACUUUGAUUUGA